UCACAUAUGGUAUUGGCAGGUAGUAAUACACUUACAAUUACAUAAGAUGUGCGGGAAAGAACGUUCGACUCAUAUCCAAAGUCGAGGGUUACUAAGAGAAAAAUCUCAAUGCCUUGGUUCGUUUAAAAACCCGAUCACUUUUAAAAAUCCUCACACUCAGUUCUUGAGUACCAGUGAAACCAAGAUGCAAAAGCUUUUGGUUGUUGCUUUUUUUGCCGUGGCCGCAUGUGUGGCUGAACCCAAGGCCAAUCAUGAGUCUCAUCGCAGAUCCUUUGGAUUCGGAGUUACUGGAGGUACUAGACCAGCACAAGUAGGAGGAUACGGAACCAAGCGAUCGGCUGAUGGAGAACCCAAUAUUGCUUCCCUGGCCGACCAUGAAUACGAUUCUUUUGACGUGGAGACACCUGCGAUCGCUUUGGGGGGGCACGACCAUAGUGACCACGGUGGUGGAUAUGCCAAUUCCAGGCGUGGACGUUACAUAUAUUGACACUAAGUGAUUAAUGAAUGAAAAUGAAAACCAUUUCCAUAUAACUAACAAGAUUUCAGAAAAUAAAAUUUGUUUUGAAUUACUCUACCACUCA